CUCAAGUCUGUGUCAGCAGGGCAGCCUGGGGGCCGGGUACAUCCGGCCCGCUCCCAGCUGCGGUGGGAGCUUGAGCAAGGCACCCCUGGGGGGACCGAGAUGGGCACCCUGGACCUGGCCCGGGUGGGCGCUUGUGUGCUCAAGAACAUAGCGACUGGAGAGGCUGUGGAGCUGCGGAGCCUGUGGCAGGAGCGCACCUGCGUGGUCCUGGGGCUGCGGCGCUUCGGUUGCAUGGUGUGUCGCUGGAUUGCUCAGGAUCUGAGCAGCAUCAAGGACCUCCUGGACCAGCACGAGGUGCGCCUGGUGGGCAUCGCCCCGGAGACCCUCGGCCUGCAAGAGUUUCAGGAGGGAAAUUACUUUAAAGGAGAACUGUAUCUCGAUGAGAGUAAGCAGAGUUACAAGGAGCUGGGAUUUAAGAG